AUCCGGCCAAUCAGGUGCGUGCAAGACAGUUUUAAAACGUUGGCGGCUGAGGGAGUUCAAAAUAGUAACUCCGGGAUUUCCUUACUAAAACGUUUAUACGUUCAUCCUUAUCUACAAUGCAGAAUAAGGAAAAUGAUGAGCCCAGGGGUUUCACACGACCGUUCGCACCCCCAAGCAUGGUGGCAGGCCCACAGCGCAUUCAGGUGAAACCACGAGCAGAGAUGGACAAAAAUGCCAUCACAGGCCCAGGGCGACAGUGUGUUGGCUCAUCCUCCAGUGCAGUCGCAAAGAAAAUGUCCAUCAAUGACUUUGACAUCGGUCGACCUCUGGGGAAAGGCAAAUUUGGAAAUGUCUACCUUGCGAGGGUGAAGUCGUUGCAGGCCGUCGUGGCACUGAAGGUGUUGUUCAAGUCACAGAUGGAGAAGGAAGGCGUGGAGCAUCAACUCAGGAGGGAGAUUGAGAUCCAGUCACAUCUUAAGCACCCCAACAUUUUGCGCUUCUACAAUUAUUUCUAUGAUCAGACCAGGGUGUUCUUGGUGCUUGAGUAUGCCCCACGUGGUGAAAUGUACAAGGAGCUACAGAGAUGUGGAAAAUUUGAUGACCAGCGCACUGCAACAUACAUGGAGGAGAUAUCGGACGCACUGUUGUAUUGCCAUGAAAGGAAAGUGAUUCAUCGUGAUAUCAAGCCAGAGAAUCUGCUUCUGGGCUUUCGUGGAGAGCUGAAAAUUGCCGAUUUUGGAUGGUCCGUCCAUGCACCUUCUCUAAGGCGUCGUACAAUGUGCGGGACUCUGGACUACCUCCCUCCAGAGAUGAUUGAGGGUCACACUCACAGUGAGAAGGUGGACCUGUGGUGCGUCGGGGUCCUCUGCUACGAAUGCUUGGUCGGGAACCCACCUUUUGAAACUGAGAGCCAUUCAGAAACAUACAAAAGAAUUAAGAAGGUGGAUUUGAAGGUCCCCAAAAACAUCUCAGACGGUGCACGGGACCUGAUCUCCAAGCUGCUUCGCCACAACCCCGCCGAUCGUUUCCCACUACAGAGUGUCAUUGAUCACACAUGGGUGCGUGCCAACUCUCGCAGAGUCCUACCGCCCGUCUGCCCUGGGGACCAAUCCUGAGCCCGCUUGCCUGCCUCCCACUGAGGGGUGUUUUAUCUGUCCUCCACAAGAGACUGGGCCUUUAGGUGUCAAUGGCAUGGACUUCAAACUGCCAUCAUAUCAGCACAUUGUAUGAUUGGUAUUGGGAUGGUUUACCCACUUUUUUUUCUUGUACAGUGUGAUGUCCUUAUCUAUGUUUAUCUAGAGGUGUUUUUAUGGUCUUUUCCUUCUUGAACCUUUGUUUUCUUUAUUUUAAAUGUACACGGUUCUAUUUUGACUUUCUGUAUCAGUGUUGAAAGUACUACUGUUGGACUGAUUGAAGCUGACUUUUCUCAAUAGUUUGAGGGUUGUGCUGGAUGGCAUGUUUUAUUUCCCCUCAAGCUAUGCUUUUAAAUUCUAAUAAAUAUUCUAAAACAA